AGGGGCGUCGGUGAGGAAGGGGUCACUGUGCGAGACCUCCAUGGGUGUCGGCCUCGGCAGGCGGAGCAGGGCCUAUCCGUCCCCAGCCAGGAGGCGACACCGCACCACCUUCAGCCACAAGCAGCUGGAGCAGCUGGAAGUGGCCUUUGGACAGAACCAGUAUCCGGACAUCUACUACAGAGAGGAGCUGGCUCGCAUCACCAAGCUCAACGAGGCUCGCAUACAGGUGUGGUUCCAGAACAGAAGAGCCAAACAGCGGAAGCAGGAGCGAGCCUCACAGAAAGCUCUCCCAGUGGGUGUUAUGUCCGGCCACCGGGCGCUGCUGGGAGCGAUGCACGUCCAGCCGUCCAGCAUGUCUCGGCAGUACUACACCCAGCCUCUGGCUCACAUCCCCCGCCUCCCCCCCAUGCUGUCCUCUGGGGCUUACGCCCGCCACCCGGGCCCCGUGGGCCAGUUUCCCUGCCCUGGCGUCCCACCACAGCCAGCCGGUCAGCGGCAGCAUGAGGACUGGUACGGCCCGCUGAGGACCAACCUCACCCCGCCCAUGUUCUCAAUGGCCUCCAUGCAGCCGCUGGACCCGGCCUCGCACUGGAGCUAAGAAGUAACAGAGGCCAAUUCAAAGAGUCAAAUAGUACAUUAAAAUGAUUCUUAAUAUCUAUUCAGCUGCAGAACAUUUUAGUGAGUUUUGAAUCUGCACUCAAAUGUUCAGUAUUUCACAGGUGUUUAAAUUGUUGCUGAAUAUCAUUUCACAAGAUCACAAAUCUUAUUGAUUCUUAUUCAAACCUCCACACAUGUAUUAAAAUAUACUUUAAGGGGAGACACUACAGGAAAAUAGUGUAAAAAUGUUUAACUAAUAGAUAUCACCAUGAACCAUCCCCAGUUGAUUACUCACAUUAAGACAAUUCUUUUUUGUAUUACAAUUUUUUUUUUAAUUUUAUGUUUAAAUAUGUAAAUGAGGCAUUAUCUAGUGCUACAUUUGGGUGAGUUUAGGAGAAAUCUACAGAUAAAUAGACAAAGAAGUAAAAUAAACGACUAAAUGUGUGUUUUGAAUGUUUUCUUUCCACUAGUCUGAAAGAAGAUAAGUUAUGGAGGCAAAAUGGCACAAAAUCUUAAAAUUGACCAGUGUAUGAAAAACAAUGUUUUUGACUUAAAUUGCCUUCAGUAUCGUUCUCCUCAACAUCCACUGUUAAUACUAAUAGUGAGAGCUCUGGGGGUCGGUGUUACACGUCAGUGGAACUAUGCACACACAUUUUCUUCACUGCAAUUUAAAGCAAAUGUUUUGUUUUUUAUCUGCUGCAUGUGUACUGUGCACCAUCCUACAUAUUUAAUGUUAAUCUACACAAUCUCUUUAUCAAUUUAUAGUACUUACAUGAAACGUGAUUAUCUAAAAACCUUUUUUAGUACAUUAUAAAUAAAGAUUUAAAAUCUGUUUUCCCCAAAUGCCUUUUAAACAGGAUUUCAUGAAUGCAACACAAUCCAUUUAAAAAAUACAUCACAAGUCAAAGUCUGUAGAUUACAGUUUUUAAUAUUUCACAUUCCAGAGACAACACAGUUGCAUCUGUUAUGCUUUUUUUUUUUUUUUUUUUUAAAUAUAAUCAACAACCUGAACUGAUUGAAGGAUCAAUACUGGAUGGCAAAAAUAUAGAAUUCAUCCAUCCAUCAUACGCAGAUGGAUUCAACACA